ACAGAAAUACAGAAACAAAAAAAGCAUAAAAAGAGGGAAGAAGAAAAAAAGGGGGAAGAUCAACGAUGGGGUACGUGUUGAGGGUGAGAUUGGCUUCGUUCUUCACAGGUGCUGCGACGGCGUCGUUUCUUGGUUUCUACAUCCUCUACAAGGAUUACAAGGUUGCCCAUGAAUCCAUCACCCAACAGGUACCUCAUUUUCCUUUGACAUUGUUUGGUUUUAUAGCAUACGGGGUGAAAAGUCUUCAUGAGCCCCUGGAUAGGCGAAUCUCUGCUCUGGAAAGUUUGAAACAAGCUGAAACUUCACAACAUGAGGAAGCAACAGAGUAGGUCCAUGUGGCAAAAUUUUUUUUUCCCAAACAUGCAAUUGGUUCCUGGGUAAUGUUUUUUGUUUCUCACCUCAUGAUAAAAAAUAAUUGUAUCUGAACUAUUAUGUACUUCUUUAUGGGAUGAUGGUAUUAUACUCAACCAGUUGGCAUGAUUUACUUCACUUAUUCGUUUUUCUAUAAUGGAUGAAACGGUGAUUGCAUUUGAAAUUUAAGUUUAAGAGAAUGCAGACUGUUUGUGGUUUGCUGCAUUUUUCAGUACUUUAACUUUGGUUAAUUGCUGCGUCAUAUCUUGUCAGUUAGUUGUUGGCUCAUUAGCUGUAUCAUGAUUCAUGAAACCUCAUCAUUGUUUCUACUAUAGUAAAGAAAUGCCUUCAUUGAAAAUGGUAAAAAUAUUAAAAAGCUGGAUUUAAUGAAACCAUGGUAUGAUUAUUUUGUGUCAAAUGCUAAAAGCAUAUGCAUCCCUUGGAGGCAUGCAAGUAAUUGCAGCGAAGGCCUUGGUGUUUAAAUUAACUGCCUUUGCAUCUUUUUGGGGCUGAAAAACUCUGGAGAUAAGUAGAUAUGAUCUGAAAUUUCUCUCUGCUGGGGGCAAUGAUAUUCUAACUGUAAUUUCUGGUGUCUAAUCUCCAAUGACAAGAUCAUGACCAAAAAUUAGCACCUUCGAUGACAAGCUGAGAUGUAGGGAGGGAUUACAGUUCUAAUUGCUCUUGAAGCUAAUUAAAUUAAUUUAGUCCAAAGUUGUCAUCUUGAAAGCAAUGUUCCCUAGACCUUAUAGUGGAUGUCUGCACAAGUAUUUAUUAGUAUGCAUGGCAGCAGGCAGUCCGUGAUAUAGC